CCAUCACAUCAGUCUCUACCCGCUGAAAGACUGGACACUAAAGAAGGGAAAUAUGUACAUUAAUAUGCUUCGCUCUAUUGAACUGAUGCUAUCUAUUAAAAUAACAGUAGAAGUAGUUGGUGCGAGUGACUGUUGAUCGUGCUGUUGAGUACGGCAGAGCAGACAGAAGGAGAGGUAUGUAGUUCCUGAGUCGAAGAGUUCGUGAUUCACUUUGUAACAAAGUUACAGGCACAAACGGGCCUUGAGAAGUAAACAUGAGGGCAGGGAGCAGACAGACAUGGAUCUCAGGACGGAGAGGAGGGAAGGGCAGCUUGUAUUUCAAGAUUUUUAAAGAAGUCUUGGUCGGUUUGAAGUUUAUCAGUAAGAUUAACUCACUUAUUUGAAUCUAGAAAACCGUUUACCCAGAGAAGGAUCUACUUCCCCAGCGAGCGAGCGAGUGACACAACACAGAACCCCAACAAAGCUGUAUGUUGAUGUGAUAGAUCCAGGGCAAGGUGAGUCCACCUCUGUGUUCUGCUGAUGUCACGUCAUGAGAAAGUGAUGUCACCUAUAACACUAGUGUAAGACUUCCGGGUUGUGUAGAGCGAAAGCGCGUCUUUAUCAUAAGCAACAGACAAUUUGACGGAUAAUGUCUUCAUCAGGAAGAGACGCUGACCUCAAGACCAAGUAUGAUCGCCUCUUCAACGAAGCUCUUCAGCUGGCAGACCUUCCCAGGUCCCAGGACAGGGUGGAGCGUCUCGUCUCUGACGAGGGCUCCUACGUAGCUCACGGAGGAAGCUACGACACUUUCCAGUUCCAGAACACGUGUGUUCUGGAUUCCCUCUUAGCUGGGAUUCACUUCCUAGACAUGCAGUUUCCCCAGAUCCAGGAACUUUUCUCGACUGAUCGAACCGUCGUUGCAGUUCUACGUUUCAUGCACCAUGGGGAGUAUAACAAGGCAAAGGCGUUGUGGCUGAUCAACUUGAGCCUUCGGAGUGGUGACAACCGCAAUUUUGACAGUCAAUUCGUACAAAUCAGGGGUUAUCCCGGCGACCACCUGCCCAACUUCUCAGACCUGGUGUGGGCCACCUUCCACUACGAUGAGGACAGAUUCAGCCCUCGGCCUGAAGACCCGCUGAUGAAGAUCACACUAAAGGCCUUCCAGGACUACGGGGACGUGAAGCUACUGGGUGUUCAGAGGGCUCAGCUGGUCCUGGUGUAUAUCGAUGGGCGCAUGGACACCCUACCCCCUCUCUCUGUUAGGGAUGACUGUGGGAGGACGUACACACUGGAGUUCCUGUUGCUGGGGGAGAUCACGCCUCACGACAACCACAUGGUCCUGUACACCAAUCUGAUUGGCCGGUGGAUGAUCUUUGACGCCGCAGCAACCCCGGGUUUCCAAGCGGUUGAAUGGAGCCAGGCGGCUGAAUGGAGCAAGGCGGCGACACACUACUUCCCCUCCCUGGCCGCGUACGUGUGGAAAGAACACCAAGAGUAGCCAAACACUGCAGGAUUUAUUUUUUUAUUUGUUUUUCAAAUGUAAUUUAAAUGUUGUUUUUUAUAAACUUUUAUACAAAUCUUGAUUUACUUUAUAAGCUAUAACAGUGCCUAAACAUAGACAUAGUGAAAGGGCUUCUAUUUCAUGGUCGGCAUUUCAAACAUACAGUUCUCAUUCUAAUUAGAACUAUUGUGCAUACAGUAGUUAACAUAAUGUUAUGAAGGUUGUUAUUUUGAUGGUUAGAAGACAGACCCAGCUGGUGUUCAGAAGGAGCCCACUCCCAGGGCCUUCCUGGUCUGCUCAAAGGUCAACCAGAAAGUCAGAGACCAGGGCGCCUGCAAAGUUGACAUCAGUGUUACUGCUGUUCUAGGUUAUAAAACAGCUCGUUUUGUAACGCACUGUCACAUAUCAUUAAGUAUUUUCUGCCUGAGCCUGUCACUGUGCAACACGAGUGUUCGGGCAAGGCUGUACAUUAGUUACAUUAGCUACCAUGUAACUACAUAGCAACACUUUACAUCAGGAAAUGUUGUGUUUGUACAAUCAGACAGGACUACUGUACCCAGGAAACGGACAGGAAGUGGGCCUACUGUACCCAGGAAACAGACAGGAAGUGGGCCUACUGUACCCAGGAAACAGGAAGUGGGCCUACUGUACCCAGGAAACACGAAGUGGGCCUACUGUACCCAGGAAACAGACAGGAAGUAGGCCUACCAUUCUCAUCCAGGUGGGCAGGAAGCCUUUGUAGAGGGACAGGAAGCCCUCUCCUCUCACAGCUUGCAGCAGGCAGUCUGUAGAGGACCUGUACAGCAAGCCCCUAGGGACAAAACACUACACUGCUGAAGUGCAGAGUCUGAGUGAAGUAGAAUACAAUAGAAAAAAGUAGAGUAGAACUAUUGUCCAUCCAGGGUGGACAUUGUUACUGCCUGCCAGAGACCUUUUCAUUCUCCACCACAUGGAUCUGAAUGUCCUUUACAUUUCUAAAGGGGGUGGGCGUGCAGAAAUCCAUCUCUAGAAGAGGAAGCUGCUACGUUAGUUUAAUCACUAACAUGAAGCAAACGUUUACCACUUCUUCAUAUAUAGUAAUUAAGCUGUUACUAUGGUAUGACCUUGUAAAAAGAUAUGUUGUAAUUAUGGAAUAUGCUGUAGUUUUUUGUAAAGAUAAAAACGAUACACAUGGUUUAAUA